UCCCCCUCCGCUCUCCAGUGUAGCGCGUUGACUUCAUACCAGAGUCAUACUUAACAUUCCACUUCUACUGUCAAACCCCCGAGAAAAAUAUUGCGGAAAAAAAACAACAACAAAGGCGCCAAAUUUUCAACCAAACUCGCCCCCCCAGCAGGAAAAAACCCCAGCUGACCGGCGGCCUCCACCCGAACAGGACACGGCGACUUGGCCCAAAAUAAAAAAAAUAAAAAAGGAAAGUUCACACCUGGACCGGACUCUUCCAGCCUCGUUCCCCAGGAGGAGUCCGACAGUUAUUAUUAUUAUAGACCCACGGACUCGGAGGACGAGAGAGAGAGAGAGAGAGAGAAGAGAGAGAAGAGAGAGAGAGAGACUCUCACACACGCACGCGCAGGCGCGCGCGCGCAAAAAAAAGGGACCCCAAACAGAACAGAGGAUUUGGAGGAAUACGCGACUUCAGUGUGGUUUGGAUCGACUGCUCCAUCCCCCGAAGAUCUCCCGCAGAUCCUUUGAUAUUGGGGCUCGGGGUCGGGCCCAGGGGGAGCCGCCACCAUUGCGUCCAACGAGUGGAGCGCCAACGGUAGCCCAGAAGAUGGGCUGGACGGGGACAACGACGACAAGACCAUGGAGGGGGACGCGGAGGGCGUGUGGAGCCCGGACAUCGAACAGAGCUUCCAGGAGGCCCUCGCCAUCUACCCGCCCUGUGGCAGGAGGAAAAUCAUCCUGUCAGACGAGGGAAAAAUGUAUGGUCGCAAUGAAUUGAUAGCGAGGUACAUCAAGCUGAGAACAGGAAAAACCCGGACAAGAAAACAGGUUUCUAGCCACUUGCAGGUUCUCGCCCGGAGAAAAUCUCGCGAGAUCCAGUCAAAGCUAAAGGCGAUGAAUUUGGAUCAGGCGUCUAAAGACAAAGCCCUGCAGAACAUGGCGGCGCUGUCGUCGGCGCAGAUCGUCUCGCCGAGUAUGAUAAAGAAUCACCUUCCGCCGCUGCCUCCGGCCCCCUACCAGCCGGCCAGGUUCUGGCCUGGUCCAAUCCCAGGACAGCCUGGACCCUCUCAGGAGCUGGUUCUAGAUCUCAACCCGGGAAGGAAUCCUGGGCUUGGCCGCACCAGCCAUGCUAUCAAACCUUUUGCACAGCCACCGUACCCAAGCCUAUCAGGUCCUGUACCACAGUCUAUACCAAGCUAUCCAGGUUAUGAGCCCUUGGCGCCGCCGCCUCCUCCGACUGCCACCGCCGUGCCCGUGUGGCAGGACCGGACCAUCGCCUCCUCGAAGCUGCGGAUGCUGGAGUACUCGGCCUUCAUGGAGGUUCAGAGAGACCCGGACAACUACAGCAAACAUCUGUUUGUCCACAUUGGACAGACCAACCCCUCCUACAGCGACCCACUCCUUGAGGCCGUGGACAUCCGGCAGAUCUACGACAAAUUCCCCGAGAAGAAGGGCGGCCUCAAAGAACUUUACGAGAAGGGCCCUCAGAACGCUUUCUUCCUCGUUAAAUUCUGGGCGGACCUGAACAGCAGCGGCAUGCAGGACGGCCCCGGCUCUUUCUACGGCGUCAGCAGCCAGUACAGCAGCAUUGAGAACAUGACGAUCACGGUGUCAACCAAAGUCUGCUCGUUCGGCAAGCAGGUCGUCGAGAAAGUAGAGACAGAGUACGCCCGCCUGGAGGGAGGGAAGUGUGUUUACAGGAUCCACCGCUCUCCCAUGUGCGAGUACAUGAUCAACUUCAUCCACAAACUCAAACACUUGCCUGAAAAGUACAUGAUGAACAGUGUUCUUGAAAACUUCACCAUCCUACAGGUGGUGACGAACCGCGACACCCAGGAGACCUUGCUCUGUAUAGCGUUCGUGUUCGAGGUUUCCACGAGUGAACACGGAGCUCAGUAUCACGUCUACAGACUCGUUAAAGACUAAACUGCUCUUUCAGGGAGGUUUUUUUUUUUUUUUUUUUUGGAAAAGCCAGACGACAACAAAAAAGCGUGACACAAUCUCUCUUCAACCAGCUCAACCAUCCAGGAAAAUCCAGAGGAAAACAUUCAAACAGCGCUAGACCGAACUAACAAGGACAGAUUUCAUACUCUCUUUUUUUCCUGUUUGUCUGUUUUGAGUCUCAUACACAAGGGGGGGAAAAAAAAGAGUGAAUCGCAACGUGCCGACCCGCAAAGCAUUUUUUUUUGAAGAAAUCCGGAUCUUUUUUCGAACAACUGGCUAUUUUCCAUGUGUUUGAACAACGCUUUAGAUGAAGUGGGUCACAUUUGCCAAGGUGACUGACGGAGCUCGGGAAUGUUUUAUCGAGGGAACGAGAAUGUGUUUGGGUGGAAAAGACCCCCCCCCCCCCCCCCCCUCUUUUUUUUGUGGGGUGUACGCUCUGAGCAACGAGAGACGUGCAUAUGAGAUCGGGAAAGUGCAGAGGGAACGGGAGCCACGGGAGCCAGAGCCGCGUGGUGUUGUCGCGCUGGGUUUGUUGGGAAAAGCAAAAGUGCCUUUUUCUCCAAAGAUGAUGUCAUUGCCUGCCACUUUGGAUUGCCUUUUAUUACUACCUCUUGUUUUUAAAUGAACAGAAAAUAGACGUAAAAAAAAAAAAAAGAAAAUCACAAAAAGAAUAAAUUUGGAAAUGAAACGCCUUUUGAGGCAGUUUUUUUUGGAUUUGGGCACAAAGAGGAAUGGGAUGGGAUAACUAAUUUUCAUGUAGCCUGUUGUUUGACAAAAAAAGAAGGCCCAUGUUUUACAGUCCAAGUGUACAGGGAGAAGGUGUAUUGUGUUACCGUAUUAUUCAAGUUCAGCUUUUUUUUUUUUUUUUUUAAAUAAUGUUUUCUUACACAAUUAAAAGAAAAUCAGGUCUAACAAGCAUCUAUCUAUAACUGACUUUUUGACACUAAGGAUGCCUUGUACCAUUACUCGCCUGACGUAGAGCCGAGGCUUUACCAUCCUUACGAGACCCCCUGUACUUUUCUCUCUGUUUGAAGACGUUGUGCUUGGUUGCACUUAAAAAGACGCAGGAGGGGAAGGGGUGAAUCAACAGCAGUGCUUAUUUUCUGCCUUGAGUUAUGUAGCCUAAUUGAAAAAAAAAAAAAAAAAUGAAUUGUUUCUGUACUGUGAGUCAGCGGAUGCUAAAGGAAUAUGUGUUACAUAGGAGUCUUUUUUUUCUGAGAGGGGGGGGGGGGGUUUAUGUUCAUAUUUGUGAUCUCAGCACUCAACUCAGACCAUGGCUAAGGUGAAGAGAAGUUAAUCACUGUUUCUUUUGUUUAAAAAAGAGAUUGUACGCUGUGAAGACGGCUCAUUUGCUUCACCCUCCUCCGCGUAAUGUGCGGAGAAGCUGCAUUCAUCGAAAUAAAAGUUCAGUUUUCAUAUUUAAGACUUUUUUUUUCCUUCUUCUUUUUAGUGACAUUACACAUGAAAUAAUUUUGAAAAUCAAACGUAAUAAUCGUCUCGAAUGAGAGCUAUUGUCUCUGUGCUGUGGAGUAUGACCAUUGAUUGUUAUUUAUAGGGUUGGUUGAAACAAAUAUCGGGAGGGAAGGGCCGGGGUACUGCAGAUGUAUUGACCAUUUUCCAUUGCGAUGGAGAUGUUAAAAAGUAUUGCAGGACUCAAACUAAGGACAGGAUUGACUGUCGCCCCCUGAGUCCUGCUGCACACGCGUCUACUCUGUGUGGUUCACUGGACAAUUUUGCUAUGAAAGUUCAAAUCUGAGAUAUUUGUACGGUGGAAUAAUUGCACCUGGCUUUGAAUGUCAUAUUUCACAAGCUAGAUACAGUAACACUCCUCCUCUUGCAGGUUUUUUCUCCAUUCAUCUUUUAUACAGACUUUUUUUCUCCCCCCAUUAUCAAGAUUAAUGUUUUGUUUCUUGACUUUCGGUGUUCGCCAUAUGCUUCACUGAAAAAUAAAGUGUGACUGUGCUGAUAUUGAAAAUUAAUUAUGAGAUAUCUAAUGUAUCAUAUUCUGAAUGGUGUGGGCGUUUUUUUGUUGUUGUUGUUUUUUUGGUUUAAGGUGGUUUAAUAUUGUCUUUGUUACCGUUGUGCAUUGCAAUUUUAUACUUCAAAGUAGAAGUUGGACUAUAUAAUCAAACAAAUGUAUCUAACAAUAAAAGACGCAUGGUGCCUUUGGGGCCAUUUUCCCCCCCCAAAAAACUUAUUAAACUUGUUUGUAAAUUUG